AAUAAUCUCUUUCUUCCUGGAGCUCAAAGAGGCCAAAGGAAAGAGAGAGAGAGAGAGAGAAUAAAGGAAUUCUUGCGACCUAAGCAAAGAAGCGAGGGGCCAAACCCUAGCUCAGUCCUCCUUCUAUUGUCUUCGCAUCGACGAAAAAGAAAGAGAAAGGGAAGGAAAGGAUGAGUAACGAUGUGGAGAUGAAGGAGGUUCAAGCUCCAUCUAAUUCCUUAUCCUCCGCCACCGCUUCUUCCACCCUUCAACAUCUGAAGGAGAUUGCUUCCCUGAUCGAGACCGGCGCAUAUGCCAAGGAGGUGCGGCGAAUCGUGCGGGCGGUGCGGCUCACCAUGAUGCUCCGCCGGAAGCUAAGGGCGCCUGCGGUCUCUGCCUUCCUUAGCUAUGCCCUUGCCCCGGGCUCUGAGGCCCACUUGAGGCUCUCUUCCUAUCUUCCGAAGGAUGAGGAACGUGAUAUGGAUGUGGAUACAGCAACUUCAGCAGCUCAGGGUCUUGCUAAGUAUUCUCUGCCGGAGCUUGAAAUCUACUGUUACUUGCUUGUUUUGAUAUUUCUGAUUGACCAAAAGAGAUACAAUGAGGCUAAAGCUUGUUCCUCUUCUAGCAUUGCUCGCCUGAAGAAUAUUAAUAGAAGAACAGUUGAUGUUCUAGCAUCUCGGCUGUACUUCUAUUAUUCUUAUAGUUAUGAACUUACAAAUAAUCUUGCUGAAAUUCGCGGGACCCUCCUUUCCCUGCACAGAAUGGCAACCUUACGACGUGAUGAGUUGGGUCAGGAAACUCUUCUGAACCUUCUGCUUCGCAAUUACCUCCACUACAACCUAUAUGACCAGGCAGAGAAGCUAAGGUCGAAAGCACCACGUUUUGAGGCACAUUCAAAUCAACAGUUUUCUCGGUACCUGUUCUAUUUAGGAAAGAUCAGAACCAUUCAGUUGGAGUAUACAGAUGCCAAAGAGAGUCUAUUGCAAGCUGCUCGGAAGGCACCAGUUGCAGCUCGAGGCUUCCGAAUCCAAUGCAACAAGUGGGCUGUCAUUGUCCGCUUACUUCUUGGAGAGAUUCCUGAGAGAACUGUUUUUAUGCAGGAAGGCAUGAAGAAGGCUUUGACACCAUACUUUGAGCUUACAAAUGCUGUUCAAAUUGGGGACUUGGAGUUGUUUAGGACUGUUGCAGAUAAGUUUUCUGGGACAUUCAACUCAGACAGGACGCGUAAUCUGAUCGUGAGACUGCGGCACAAUGUGAUAAGAACUGGGCUCCGCAAUAUCAGCAUCUCGUAUUCCCGCAUAUCUCUGGCUGAUGUAGCCAGGAAGUUGAGAUUGGACUCUCAGAAUCCUGUGGCCGAUGCUGAGAGCAUAGUAGCCAAGGCCAUCCGAGAUGGGGCAGUUGAUGCGAUCAUAGAUCAUGCAAAUGGGUGGAUGGUUUCUAAAGAGACUGGUGACGUCUACUCUACUAACGAACCACAGAUUGCUUUCAAUUCCAGGAUUGUCUUCUGCCUGAACAUGCACAAUGAAGCAGUGAGGGCACUGAGGUUCCCACCCAACUCCCACAAGGAGAAAGAGAGCGCAGAGAAGAGGAGGGAGAGGCAACAGCAGGAACAGGAGCUUGCAAAGCAUAUCGCCGAGGAAGAUGAUGAUGAGUUCUGAUGACGACUUUGUUAGAUGCUACAUUGUUCGAGCGCACAGGUUCCUCGAGCUCCUUUGGUUGGCGAGGAUAAUCCAAGUGGAGAUUGUUUAAUACUUUUUUGCCAUUACUCUUUCUUCGUUGUUUCUAAUUUGCAGUAGUCAGGAUGCAUUGAUCUGUGUUUCAGAGCAUACAAUUUGGAUUCUUAAUUUAUAUUACUUCUGGAUCUACUUUGCUAAAAUGAGGCGGCACAUAGAUUGGCUGGCUUCUUGGAUUGGAAUUAUUUAAUAAAUUUUGAUGGGAAAAGACUGCUUUUUGAUUGUUAGAA